AUGUCAAAGAAAACACAAACUGGAAGCUCAGAGAAGCUUACUAGGGUAGCAAUUGUAAAUAGUGAUAAAUGUAAACCUCGAAAAUGUCAUCAAGAAUGCAAAAAAUCGUGUCCAGUUGUUCGUGGCGGAAAAUUAUGUAUUGAGGUUACUCCAGAGUCCAAGAUUUCAUGGAUUUCAGAAUCUUUAUGUAUUGGAUGUGGAAUAUGUGUUAAACGAUGUCCUUUUGGAGCUAUUCAUAUUAUUAAUUUGCCAACUAAUUUAGAAUCAAAAGUUACACAUAGAUUCUCGGAAAAUUCAUUUAAAUUACACAGAUUACCUACUCCUAGACCAGGCCAAAUUCUUGGUUUAGUAGGAGCAAACGGUAUUGGAAAAUCUACAGCACUUAAAAUUUUAGCAGGAAAAUUAAAACCUAAUCUUGGCCAACAUAAUAAUCCACCUGAUUGGGAAGAAAUUCUUAGAUAUUUUAGAGGGAGCGAACUUCAAAAUUAUUUUACUAAAGUUUUGGAGGAUAGUUUAAAAGCUAUUGUUAAACCUCAAUAUGUUGAUCAUAUCCCGCGCACUAUUCAAGGCCCAGCUAAAACUGUCAAUGAACUUCUUGACUUUAAAUUAGAAAAAAAUAAUAAAGAUGAAAUCAUUGAUAUUUUAAGCUUAAGGGAUUUACUUAGAAGGGAAGUAGAUCAACUUUCUGGCGGAGAGUUACAACGUUUUGCUAUUGCAAUUAUCUGUAUUCAGAAAGCAGACAUAUAUAUGUUUGAUGAGCCAUCAUCUUAUUUAGAUGUAAAACAACGUUUAAAUGCAGCAAAAACAAUUAGAUGGUCACUUAAUCCUGACAAUUAUAUUAUUGUUGUUGAACAUGAUUUGUCUAUUCUCGAUUACCUGUCAGAUUAUAUAUGUGUUUUGUACGGGAUGCCUUCUGUUUAUGGUGUAGUUACUUUGCCAUUUUCAGUUAGAGAAGGGAUAAACAUAUUUUUGGAUGGAAAUAUUCCUACAGAAAAUUUACGCUUUAGAAGUGAAUCAUUGCAGUUCAAAAUAUCAGAUUCAUCUGAUAUAUUUUCUUUGGAAAGAAAUAAAGCUUAUGUAUAUCCUUCAAUGACGAAAAAACUUGGGGAUUUCACACUUGAAAUUAGUGCAGGCGAAUUUACUAAUUCUGAAAUCAUUGUCAUGCUAGGAGAAAAUGGCACAGGAAAAACUACAUUCAUUAAGUUACUAGCAGGAAUUUUAAAACCCGAUGGAAAAGAAGAAGUUCUUGGUUUAAGCGUAUCUUUAAAACCCCAGAAAAUUACCCCAAAAUUUCAAGGAACAGUUCGUAUGUUGUUUCUAAAAAAAAUAAAAACGUCAUGGUUAAAUUCUAGUUUCCAAUCAGAUGUAUGCAAGCCUUUGAACAUUGAAAAUAUUGUGGAUCACGAAGUCCAAGAUUUAUCUGGUGGAGAACUACAACGUGUUGCCAUUGUUUUAUGUCUUGGUCUUUCUGCUGAUGUUUAUUUAAUCGAUGAACCAUCUGCAUAUUUAGAUUCCGAGCAACGUAUUAUUGUUUCUAAAGUUAUUAAAAGAUUUAUUUUACAUUCUAAAAAAACAGCAUUUGUUGUUGAACAUGAUUUUAUCAUGGCUACAUAUUUGGCUGAUAGAGUGAUUGUAUAUGAGGGUCAACCUUCAGUAAAAGUAUAUACUAAUCCUCCUCAAUCUUUAAUAGAUGGUAUGAACUCUUUUCUAUCAAACUUAGAUGUUACAUUACGUCGGGACCCUAACACUUUUCGCCCAAGGAUUAAUAAACAGGAUAGUCAAAUGCAUCAAGAACAAAAAAACUCAAAAAAUUUUUUUAAUAUAUAA